AUGCUUUCCUUCCUUCCUUCCUUCCUUCCUUCCUCUUCUUCCUUCCUUCCUUCCUUCCUUCCUCUUCUUCCUUCCUUCCUUCCUUCCUUCCUUCCUUCUUCCUUCCUUCCUUCCUUCCUUCCUUCCUUAUUUUCUUCCUUCCUUCCUUCCUUCCUUCCUUCCUUCCUUCCUUCCGUCCGUUCGUCCGUCUGUCACUCCUUUCUUUCUGUUUUUUUUCCUUACUUUUUUUCUAUAUUUCUUCUCGAUAUUUUCUUAUCCUGUUCCAUUAAUUCGUUCCAUCUUCUUCCAUUACUUUUUCCAUCACUUUUUCCUUUCCAUCCUUUUUCUUCAUUUUCAUUCGAUUUUUCUGCUGUUGUCCUAUCAUCUUCCUUCUUUUCUUUAUCCCUUCUUUCUUUCUUUCCUUCUUGGCUAUCAUUUUCUUUCUUUCUUCCCUCAAUUCCUUCUUUCUUACCUAUCAUCUUUCUUUCUUUCUUUCUUUCUUCCUUCCUUCCUUCUUGUCUAUCAUUUACCUUCCUUCUUUCCUCACUUCCUUCCUUCUUACCUAUCGACUUCCUUCCUUCCUUCCAUCCUUCAUUCCUUCCUUCCUGCCUUCCUUCCUUCCUGUCUAUUAUUUUCCUUCUUCUUUCCUCACUUCCUUCCUUCUUAUCUAUCAUCUUCCUUCCUUUCUUCCUUUCUUCCUUCUUGCCUAUCAUUUAUCUUCCUUCUUUCCUCACUUCCUUCUUUCUUACUUAUCAUCUUCGUUCUUUCGUUCUUUCCUUCCUUCCUUCCUUCCUUCCUAUAAUAUUUUUCCUCCCUACCUGUCAACUCCCUUUCAUCUUUCUUUCCUUCUUUCCUACCUAUCGCAGUCGUUCGUUCGUUCCUUCCUUCCUUCAUUCCUACCUAUCUUCUUUCUUCCGUCCUUCCUUCUUUCCUCUUCCUUCCUUACUUCCUACCUAUCAUCGUCCUUCCUUCUUUCCUUUCUUUCUUCCUCCCUUCCUUCCUACCUAUCAUCUUCCCCCUUCCUUCCUUCCUUCCUUCCUUCCUUCCUUUCCCUUAUAUUCCUUCUUUCUUUAUUUCUUCAGUGCAUUCCUCCCUUCCUUCCUUUCAUUUACCCCUAAAUCGCUUUCUUAUAAUUUCAAGGUAAUUUUUCUUACUUAUUUUUCAUUCUUUCUUUCUUUCUUUCUUUCUUUCUUUCUUUCUUUCUUUCUUUCGCUCGUUUCUUUAACUUCUUUCUUUCCUGUAUUUUAUUUUUCACCUUUGCAUUGCUUUCCCCAUUCUUUUUCUUUCUCGGCAUUCUUUCUUUCUUUCUUUCUUUCUUCAUUCCUUCAUUCCUUUCUUUCUAUAUUUCUCUUCGUUGCUUCCCGUCUUUCUCUUCUUUCUUUCUUUCUUUCUUUCUUUCUUUCUUUCUUUCUUUCUUUCUUUUCGUCGCUUCCCGUCCUUCCUUCCUUCCUUCCUUCCUUCCUUCCUUCCUUCCUUCCUUCCUUCUCCUUAUUUUCUUCUUUCUAUAUUCCUGUUCGUUGUUUCCCUUCUUUCUUUCUUUCUUUCUUUCUUUCUUUCUUUCUUUCUUUCUUUCUUUCUUUCUCUUCUUUGCAUACCGUCUUUCUUUCCUUCCUUUUCUAA